UCACUUCAAACAAUAUGAAACGCGCGCCUGUCCGCCUGCUGACCGAACUCGCGCUUAUUGUCCAUCGAACCUAAUAGACUGCGGACGCGGGAAAAUCGAAAAAAGAACUGUCAAAAUACAAUAAUAAAAAAAAACGAAACGAGUAAAAAAAUAAUUAAUGUGUUCAAAUUGUGUAUUUGUCCAUUUUUGAAGUUUAGUUCUUUAGAUUUGGUUAUAAUUUAGAAAAUGAAAAUGGCUGAAAGUUGCGUUAAAAUGUUUUUCAUCCUUUGUUUGACGGUUAUCUGUCAUACGGGAGAGGCUGCGGAUGAAAUCAUAACGACACUACCGGAAUAUCUCCUGCCAUGCAGUCGGAACGACCCAGAGUUGGACAUAUGCAUCAAGAGGUCAUUCAACCAUCUGCGUCCCUAUCUGGCCCGUGGCCUCACAGACCUGGCUGUACCACCCGUAGAACCUCUGCUCAUUGACAGGCUGGUGAUGGAAAACUCCGCUGGACCAGUGCGAGUUACCGCCGCUUUCAAUAACAUCACCGUGGUUGGACCAAGUAACUAUACGGUUACUAAGAUCAGAUCGGAUCUAAAGAAAUUACGUAUAGAUAUGGGUCUGGUUCUGCCGCGGAUCGAGGUGACCGGCCGCUACGAAGUGAGCGGACAAGUGCUUUUGUUCCCCGUUAGAUCCCAGGGAGAUUUCUGGGCGUCUUUCAGCGACGUGGCGGCCAUAGUGAAGAUCUUCGGCAAGGAGUCCGUGCGACAGGACACCAAGUUCCUCACGGCCGAUAGGAUGCUCGUGGACUUCAAGCUGAGGGGCUCGCGGUUCAAAGUGAGAGACACUGUGAAUCAUGGCAGCGUUAUUGGAGAAGCGAUGAACCAGUUCCUAAACAACAACGCGGCAGAGAUCAUAGACGAGAUGCGUCCCGCCGCGGCGGCCGCCAUCGCCAAACAUUUCAAAGUGUUCCUCAAUGCCGCCUUCGAGAAAAUUCCCGUCGAUCUCUGGCUUAAGCCUUGAUUCCUUUAGGUCUUGAUCGUUCUAGACUUUAGUAUAUCGUGUGGUGUUCUGUUUGUGCGUCUCCGUAUCUUGUGUUCAGUAUUGAUUGGAUUUGUGAUUUUUUAACUUUUUGAUGUUUGAAAUUUCUGUUUUAUAAUGAUUGGACUGUACAGUAUAGAUUGUGAAAGUUUUUGUAUGAAAUUAUAUGAAAUCUAUGUUUCGAUAUCACUUCUAUUAAUUUAAGAUGCGAAAAAAGUUCCGAUGUACUGAACAAACUUAAAAAAAUAUGUUUUGAAUAGUGCUAAAUUUUCCAAGAUCCUUUUUGAUUUCUUAUUGAUUGUUAGGCAAUGUAGUGAAAAAAUUCAAGAAAAUUUUAAACUUUCUUAUAUUCAAUUGGCAUUGAUAAACAAACAGUGAGAGUAUGUAAAACAGUGUUGUAGCAUUUAUUCACAAGUAGUGAUGUAAGUUUAACAAACAAAUGUCUUACAAGUAUUGUGUAUUUGUAAAUAGUUUUUAUUCUUGAUUGUUUCUUAAUGUUUGUUUCACGAAACAAAUUCAUAUAAGAAACAAACUUUAAUUGAAUAAAUUUUCAUCGAAAAGUCUUUGUGUCUCACGCUCAGUAUAAAAUAUGGGACGAAUUAGAAUAUUUCAAUUGGAUUUAAAGCUUUAUUUAUUUAGCUGUAGUUAGUAUUUAAGACAUUAUAAAUGUGCGACCGAUCUGAAUUUUAUGUGAGUGAUGCUGUGUGAAUAUCAUGAAUAAAGUAUUCUACCAAAA